AUGGUGUCGCAGGACUUUUUGCGCUUAAUUGGCGUGCGCAAGACGAAUGACCCGUGGGUCUUUGAGUCCGUGUCGCUUCCGGGGCGCGCGGGCAACCAGCAGCCGAUCGCCUACGGCGGCUGCACGACGGCAAUUGCAGUAAAUGCCGCAGGGCAGACCAUCAAGGCCGAGCCGCGCAUGGUGCCCUACUCGAUCCUUGGGCACUUUUUGGGGCCUGCGUCGCUCGAUAAGCCUUUCAUCUGCGAGGUGCGGCCUGUGCGCGACACGCGUACGUUUGCGACGCGCCAUGUCACGCUGAAGCAGGACUUUAAGGGAGAGCAGCGCCCGGUGCUUGCGCUGACGCUCGACAUGAUUGCGUCGCCGAACUCGACAAAGGAGGCUCUGGAGAAGGCCAAGGCGCGUGGGGCGGACCCGGGCAAGGUCAAAUCGCUGCUGCGCUACCAGAUCCCGCCUACGAUCGCCCUCGACAAUGUCGACCUGCUCGAGACGGGGCCGGCGCACCUGAAGCGCCGUCACAAGUCGGGCGAGCUCGACGAUAUGCAGGUCGGCGCUUUCAUCGAGUUCGUGGGCCUGUGGAACAAUAUGGUCGAGGACCGCGUCGUGCCAGAGAGCAUGAUGGCGCAGAACCUCAUGGCCCUCCAGCUCAAGGGGACGACGCAGGACGACCGCCCGGUGACGGAGCGUUGUGCGUACGACUGGUUCCGCAUCCGCCAGCAGCUCCCUCCUGCAGACGGCUCGACGCAGUUCACGCCAGCGGGCGACGACGGAAUGCUUCCGAUGUCGUCGGUCCUUGCGCACACCUGUGCGCUCGCUUUUGCUAUGGACGGCGGCCUCGCCUUUGUCCCGAUGAGCCUCAGCAACGAGCUUAUGUUCCACGCAGGUGCUGCAUCGACGCUCGACUUUGCGCAGCGCUUCCACACGGACAUUAUCGACAUGAACAAAUUCAAGAUGCGUGAACUGCGCGCGGUGCAGGCUGGAUGGGAGCGCACGUACUCUGAGUCGCACGCAUACAACGAGGACGGCGAGUUGGUCGUCUCAUGCACGCAGCAGUGCAUCUUGCGCGCGGCUCCUGGUGUAUUGAACGAGGACGAAGAACCCAAGUCCAAGCUAUAG